AUCGUUCAAAUUCUACAACAAAUUGUAAUUAAUACAUCGAGACGAGUUCCGUGGCAUCGAUAAUACUCGAUAAUAAUUGUUUGUCCCGACCCAACACUUUGACCCUUAGAUAAGAAGUCUUGGUGUCGUGUUAUUUGGUGUCCAGAACGCGAAUGAAGUGGUCUAUCAUGGAAUGAUGUGCAACAUGUAUUUGUGUGUGAUAUUUCUGUGCUUGUGCGUCACAGGAUCGGUUUUUGGAUCACCUAACUCACUGAAAGAUCCGUACAUAUGUGGACCACCGUCAUGCGCAGCAUCGGAGAAGUUUAAAUAUUUGCUGGACAUAAUCUACUACUAUGAAUACAAAGUUAAUGUCGAAACAUACUUCGCUGGCUCCAGCAAUAACCGCUCGACUUUAUAUGUUCGAUCUGUGCCAAAAAUCCAGUUCAUAACACCAUGCGAGGGUCUUCUGCAGCUGACAGAUGUGACUCUGAUAGAUCAGGAUGAGAACUAUCCUGUGGAGAGAGCUGAGAAGUUCAUACAUGCUGUGUCCCUGUAUGACCUCAGAUUUGCCUUCCACGAUGGGAUCAUAUCAGAAAUAUGUCCGGAGCAGGAGGAACAAGACUGGGUGCUCAACUUCAAGAGGGCCAUCCUGGCACUCUUUCAGAACACCAUGAAAAGAUUUGAUAUUAACUUCAAUGGAGUUGAGCAAGACAUCCACGGCACCUGCAAUGUGGACUACACAGUUCGUGGUCAGGAAAACACAAGUUUAAUACUUGUGAAGACGAGGGACUUGUCACAGUGUACCAACCGAUACAAGUACAUGUCUAUACUGCAGACUGUCAGAUAUGACUUCCAGAGUAAAUUCCAAACCUGGCCAGUACUAAAAUCCGAAAGCAAAUGCCGCAUUACCGUAGACCACCAUAUUUACAAAGAGGUGAACUGUCGAGAACGUCAUCUCUUCGAGCCGUUCUCCGGGAAGAACUCCGGCGCAAUGACCACUGUGGUGCAAGACUUAUUGUUACUGAGAGAAGUUAAUAAGACUGAUACUGAGGUUAUUGAGUCGCAGCCUAAAGCUUGGGCAGUGAUACCCCGUCGUUCGAACUUGCUCCACCAUCACAUCGUGUAUGUAGGAGAUGAUACCGGGGGACUGAAAUCCGCUAGAGAUGUACUCAAACUACUGUGCAUGGUAAAAGACACAACAGCAGAAAACCACCAUUCAAUUAACGUAGACGAAAAUAUGGACAGUGGUUCAACUGUAGGUCUAUGGGGUCGCCUCGUGAGGUCAGCUAGACCCCUACAUUAUCCAGCGUUGUCCCAACUAUUGGCAAGAGCUCCUACCAUAUGCAAAGCUGCUAGCAAACACAUUCUAGACGCUCUCCCGUACAUAGCAAGUCCUGGCUCCGUGGAGCUAAUCAAGGAGAUGAUAAUAAAGAACUCGGUGGAAGAGGAGACGAGGCACGAGUGGCUCAUGUCUAUGGCUAUGAUACCAAGGCCAAAGAUGCAGAUGUUGGACAGUAUGCUAGAGUUGCUACAAAAACAGAAGAAUGACAAAGUGAUCAGUUUCACCGUAUCGUCCAUGGUACAUUCCUAUUGUAAACACAGUGGAAAGGAACUACGUAUAUGCUGUGAAGAAGAAACCCCUAUGGCUAUCUUACAAGAAUUCGAAACUAUCGUCCAAGAGAUUGCGAGUAAGGGUGUCAUCAAAACUAGAGAAGAUAGGAAUAAUAUAAUAAUAGCAAUAAAAGCCCUCGGCAACAUCGGAGGCUACAGAAAGGAGUUUGCAGAUGUACUAAUGAAUAUAAUCGGGGAUAGUUUCGUGCCUGUGCCCGUUAGACUGACGGCUGUCGACGCGUUUAGAAGAACGCCUUGCGAUGAAACUCGGGAAUAUUUCCUAGAAACAUUCCGUGCGGACUACAUGAACUUAGAAGUACGUUUAGCGUCGUACGUACAAGUUAUGAAGUGCCCCGACCUCGGGACGCUGAGGAAAAUCUUCCAUACACUGCAGGAUGAACCUGUUAACCAAGUUACAACAUUCGUAUGGAGUCAUCUCAGGAACUUAGCAGAAUCUUCCCUCCCUUCUCGCGUGGAAAUACAGGGUCUGCUGUCAGGCAAUCAGAUACCGCAUCUAGAAGAUAGUCCAGAUUUCAGAAUGUACUCCAGGAAUUACGAACAGGGCGUGUUCUUUGAUCAGUAUAAUGCAGGUGGUAAUUAUGAAGCGAACGUAGUAUUCACUCCAGACUCUUACAUACCGCGGUCUCUGUCACUCAAUCUCACUGUGGACAUGUUCGGAGAAUCUAUCAACGUUUUUGAGAUGAAAGCCCGCGGCGAGGGUUUUGAGCGCUACUUCGAGCGUUUCUUCGGCAACAACGGUCCACUCAACAAGAACAAACUUACUGAGAAGAUAGCCAACCAUCGCUUCUUCAGGUCCACUAAUGAGGCUGAUGAAGUUAGGGAGAAGAUCGAUAAUCUGGAGUAUAAGAAUGAGGCUUUGAAACAUAGGUUCCCAAUGGCAGAACUAGGUAUCAAAGUGUUUGGCAAUGAGAUAUCCUACUGGAAUGCCGAAGGUGACGAGGAGAUUAUGAAGUCUUUAGCCAGAUUGAACCCACAACUCAGAGUUUUGGAAAUACUUUCUGGAAAGGAAAUUUCAUAUAACAAAGCGUCCCUAUUCCUGGACACGACAUUCUCAGUGCCCACGGGGUCAGGCCUGCCUAUGAACAUGAAUCUCAUGGGAACCAGCUAUGUCAACACUAAGAUGUCGGGUACAGUCACUGAUAAAUAUGCGCAGUCCGGUAAUCUGGACUUUGAGGGGAAAUUGAGGCCGAGUGUGGCAGUAAACAUAGCAGCGACAAUGAGCGUGGACGCAGGUGGUCUCAGUUCGAGCGGUAUUCGCGUCAACUGGCGUCUAUACACGGCCACCGCAGUGGAAGCCAAGCUGAAGAUACGGGGAUUGGCUCAAUUGAAACUCGAUUUAAGUCUGCCUAUUGAUAAGCAGGAGAUUUUUGCUGCUAAGUCGGAACUUAUAAUCCUUCACGGUGAUAAAGAGCAACAACAACAAGGUUUGAACAAGAAUAGAAUAGAACAGAAUACUUGUAGCUGGUCUACCUUCGAUAAGGCUAUUGGUAUCAAGAUGUGUGCCUCUUAUCAGUUCCCAAACAUGACGAAUCUCCGCAACGCCCCAUACUUCCUAAUGAGUGGACCUGCCAAAUACAUCCUCUCUCUAGAGAAGGCAGAUCCCACAGCUGACACAUACGCCUUCCAGUACAAGUGGGACAAGAACGAGACCAGUAACGUUGUUAGCUUCUCUUUCGAUACUCCUGAUAGUAAGGAAAAACGAAUGAUCAACGCAGUUUUAUCGAUAUCGAAUACCUCAAGCACAGCACUAUUAACCCUCCAAUCAGAGAAGAGCACGUUAAUAGCUAAAGCUAUGUAUCGAAACAUGCCUUUAGAUAAAUCUCUAUCGGCUAGUCUAGACGUGGAUGGUAGGAAACAGUUCGAUACGGUGAUGUCGAUAAAAAGGCAUGAUAUUAAAUACGGGUUUGUGUGGAUACCACAUGCCUAUUGGGUCGUCGAUAAUGAGAGGGUUGCAGAACUUUCUGGUGUAAUAAAAGUAAAAUCCAAAGGCAGCGUCACCCAAAGCGACAUAGAAGCCGAAUUUCAAACGAAACAGCUAGCCAGCCACUUAUUAGGCUACUACACUAUAAACGGACCAACCCACGGAGCUAAACUACAGUUCGAUUAUCAAUUCUAUAAAAGUCCUAAACAAACGAUUAAAAUAGAAGGGAUUUAUAGUGAGAGGACGGGAGCGUUUAGACAUGAUAUGUAUGGAGAUCUGUCUAUGCAGUUUACCGCUUACCCUGGAUAUAACUUCUAUACUGUUUUGAAGAAUGUUAAAACGCAAUCCCACGUGGAUAUAGGCUUCAAUGUAAGCGCAUCCCGGGAAAAUAAAGACGACCCCGCCUUCACGUUCGCGUUCACCCGCGCGGAUCGUCUGACCGGCAUGAAGUUAGACACGCGACUGACGUUACAGCGACCACGGCUCGUUGAUAUGAGGUUCCAAUUUGAAGGGAUCGGCCCAAAAUACACAGCGGUGGCCCUUCUGAACUUCAACCCGAAAUCUCGCGAGAUCCUAGUGUCGGGCUACCUGUUCUUCCCUCCUGGCACACAGUUGUAUCUGGAUGCUGAACUCAACAUGACCCUGCCGACGUUACACCCUUGUGUCAUUAAGACGAAGGUGCAUGAGAAAAUGCCCAAUGAUUAUCAAGUAAACGCAGCAGGCGUUUGGUUCACGGGCGUAGACUUUAACAUUGACGCUUCAUACCAAGAUCAAUCGAAAACCAAUAUGGCGUCUCAUCACCUGAAAGCUUUGAUCAGCAGCACACACUUCAAGAAUAUCGCCAUGGAUGGACGGUUUACACAGGAUAAUAGGCAGAUUACUUUUAUUGGUCAGGGUGAAUACAACGAUGACCACUAUAGAACUUUAAUCCGCUACAUAUUACUUUCGGAACAAAACUUCACAACUUAUGUGGAAGUAGAUGUCGGCGGGAAAGCGUAUAGCGUGAACCUUAAUGCUGACCUAAGUAACAAUACUAACCUUAAUAUGGAUAUACAUUUUGAUCAACUUCGCGACCUCCACUUUUCCUACCAACGCUGGGUGACGGCCCGCCAAAAGCGGCUAAGUGUUGCCUUCAACUGGGAUGCAAACCGUGACCCUUCGCAGAAAGUCAGCGUAGAUGUGCAGUUGGACAACAAGGGGACCUGGCACCAUGGUGGACAUGUGUCCUUGUACUAUCCUGGGAGAAUGGUUAAUGGGGAGUUCGAGUUUUUGUUAAGAGAUUGGUUCUGCCAAUGGCACGUCCGAAUGGGUUGGUCAAGCGAGUCCAACAUACUAUGGCGCGUUAAGAUGUACUCGGAAGCACAUAACGAGACUGUAUACGCGUUGCUCUCUAGCAUGAAUACGCCAUUCGCAGGAUGGAAAGAUACUAGCUUCAAUGUUAUGUGGCGUUACCACGACAAUCUGCAAGCACUAAACGGCAGUAUGAACUGGCAAGAAGACUACCUAGCAUUCAGUCUACUAGCCGACUACUUAUUCAAGACCAAUGAGUUCUAUGGCGAAAUCAAUGCGGUUGUCAACUCGACUAUACCGACCUUACCGAAGGCGGCUGCUAUAGCCAAACAUAGGGUCGUUUGGAAGAAAAGUGCUGAUACUCUGCUCAGUUUUCAGUACAACGAAGAUGGUCUUCUAAUGAUCAACUCAUCAUGGACUCUGGAGAGAGGACAAAAGGAGAACAACAUUACAGGCAGAGUAAAACUCCUGACGCCUUUCCCUGGCUACAGGCAAGGAUUCCUCCGGACGGAAUUCGUGUUGGGCCACAAACGAGACAUUCAUGGCAUCACCUACCUUGACCUUGAAGAGAAAGUGCUCAAGAUUUAUGUCAACGGUCAUAUGCGUCGUAUUACUAACUGCAUGUUAGUGGUGAACGUAACGAGUCCAAUGGUGGAGUUCCCGCAAAUGACUGCGCGCUUCGGCUUCGUAGAAGCUGAUAGACAUCUUGUCGCUAUGGUGGUUACUACUAAUUCUACUACUGGUAUCGAAGUGCUUCUGAAGCUGGUGACAUUGCAAGACUUCCAUGUAUUCGGACAUGUUGCAUUGCCGAUACAGUACCUGAACAGAGCUAUGAUCAUUGCCAAACGAGCGCCUGAAGAGUUGGACUUCAGAGUAGGUUGGGGUAAAAUGGACUUCGGUUUCACCGGCAUCUGGCACUGGCGGUCACCCAUCAACUUUGUGUACUUGUACAAGCUUUACACACCGCUCGAAGGAUUUGAGGAGAACGGACUUGUAUUGAAGAAUGUAUACGGUGAUGGACUUGAUACGGAAGUCUCUAUGAGAUUGUCUACGCAUAAGUUCGGCAUAGCAAUUCUUCUAAAGGACAACGGCAAAGGUCUACUAGACGUACUUAAGGAUAGAUUCCAACACGACUCGCAAGUGGGCUCCGAUAUGUUCAUAGAGAACUUCGACACUAGAGCACGGGUCGUGCUCGAUACGUUGUAUUAUCCUACCAUCACGUUCAAUUCGCAUCUUAUGAAGUUCGUGGGUCCAGAUGAAGAAGACAUAAUGGAAGUAAAUGCUACACUUCACUUGCCUGACAAACCGCCUAUUGUGUUGACUGAUGUCUUUAUUUUAGAGCAAUACACAGUAAUGAGAAACACCCUUAACUUAGUAACGCCUUUCCAAGCUGUGAAGGAAUUAAAGUCGGUGUACACUGUCGACAUUAUAUUAGGAGAGAAGAUCAAUGUUACCUGUUUAGUGCUGUUGUAUAACGGGACUUAUUGGCAUGAGAUAUCGAACAAAAUAUUCUACGAGUACGAAUGUGGGGAAGACGAUACCUACCAAUCAUACGUCGCGUCCGUCGGCAUCGCCACUCCUCUCACAGUGUUGCCAGCGCUAGAAGCGAGAGUUGCCGCUAGACUAGAGGAUGCACUAUGGAAAAUGACGGCCGAUAUCGCCAUGCCGGCGUUUACUAUCACCGCUUUAGCCAGUUUAGAGCUAGACGAUCCAUUCGUGGAAACAUCAGGUAGUCUGAACCUAACAUCAGCGUACUUAGAAGACUACUUCAUCAAGAUGCAGUUCAAGAAAGAUUUCUCCGAUGUCGAGAACGUAGUGGGAGGUGGUAUACAGAUACAACAGGGCGAGCAGAAUAAUUAUCUAUUCGCGGACGUAGUAUGGCGUCCAGCCCCCCACCGUCACAUUCGCUUCAAGUCCCGCGGAGCUCUCGCUCCCGUACUGUCUCCCGCCGAACUCAACUUGUUAUACAGCGAAGAUAUAUCGAGAACAUUGUCAGUGGACUUCAACAGCGAGACCUACUUCUAUACGCUGAAGGCAGAUCAGACGCAGACUUCUGUUAGCGCCACUUUGAGCAGCCCGCAUGAAGGGUUCAGAGCAAUAAAAAUAAUAACCGAGUUUGAAGGCGAUGACAUUCGAGGCUCUUUCGUCACCGACACCACAGAAUAUAGCAUCAACGGCAAAGUGCUCAAUAGGAAACCGCUUGAGAUGGCGUUAACCCUAGUUCCCCGAGGCCAAGGCGAGAACGUAGACAUUCGUAUAAAGUACGAGAGCAGUCCCACAGUAUAUGCACUUUCGGCUAACUUUGUGGGACCAGUGUCGGCCACACUACACGCUAGGACCGAAAUGGCCGCUAACUUCAGUGAUAUUAAUGUUAAGCUGGACAUACCCAGAUCGAAAUACAAGGACAUUUACUUCAAGUCCCGCGUGGACAACUACCCGGGACUGCGGAAAGUGCUCAGUGUGCAGGCCGCCACUCCGUUACAGAGAAUACGAUAUGUUAAGGGAGAUACUGAUUUUGAAUUUGGCCCUAAGACUGGAUACCUACUGUGUAAAUACGCGUUACCUGACAUGGAAGGCGAAGGCGAUCUUAAAUGGAGCUUCUUGCUCGGCGAUCUGUUCAUAAGGGCUCUAGGCCACCAACACGUCCAAAACAUAGAGAAGAGUGUAGAUUUAGACAUAUACUUCGGCAACAGCACCACUCCUGACAUGAUGCAGAAGACGGACGCCGGCUUCAAGAUGGACCUCGACCACGUGUGGCUGAUCGGCGCAAACGCCUCAUUCGGUAUAAUAAUGAACAAGCGAGUGAACUUAGUAAUUAACGCGGUACUACCCAAGCCGAAUGUAGAUGUUCAUACGCUAUACAUUGACGGUGAUAUGGGAACUCCCAAUGAACCGCUUAAGACUUUAGAAGCAGAGUAUAGGACCGAUGUUACGAAGAUUGUUACUGGUGUUAAAGGGAAUUUGCUAGAACUACCAGAGAGUUUCGACACGAAUUCCACGAUAACUUGGACGUCCAGCACUGGUUACAAACAUAUCGAUAACAAAGUGAAUUACAAAUGGGACAUCAAUGGCUCGAACCAUGUCGACUAUACUUUAACUUCGCCGAUGUUCGAUGAUGCACCGACGCUGAAGCUGAAAGGGUCCUACCAAAAGGAUUUGGUUCAUAAAUAUCAUAUUGUCAAGGGUAACAUGCAUCACCCAGGACCCAGUCAGAUUGGAGAGAUAGACCUCAGAUAUGGCGGUGUUAAACAUACGGACGGACAUUUCAACUUUACUACACCCUUCAAACGUCUGCCUUGGCUCAAGUCUAUAUUUGAUAUAAACAACUUAGAAGAACACUCAGACAACAAAGUGGACCUCUUCUGGCCAAACAAAACAGCUUCCAUAAACACCACCCACCGCUACCAUAAACAAGACAAAGGCUUCACACAAAAUGGCGUCAUAUCCCUUUCCGUUCCUCUCAGUCGUCAACAUCUUGUAAACACAGAGUAUUAUUACAUACAAGGCGACAAAUGGAGUAAUGGAAACGCAACAAUAGAUUUUGACAAAGAAAGAUUUGUCAAAGGAUCCUUCAAUCAGAUUUUGACGAAAAGCGCUAGGAAUUUGGACCUUGCGACUAUGGAUAUAGAGGUUGAAAAUGUUCAUACGCCUGUCGGGAUUAAGUAUAUUCAUGAGUACGAUAAUACUGGUAAUACGGAUGUAAAACAAGCCACAGUAUUCCACCUUCACAAUGCCACCAAAUUCAACGUUACCGGCAAACUCGACGUUUACACUUACGAUAUAGGCAAAAAUCUCAAACUGACUGCUAUACACGGGAACCGAACCUGGACCUUUGACAAUAAGUACGAAGCGGUCGAUAAGGAGCUUAAGCAGGGCACUAAGAUUAAGUGGGCUGAAGAUGUCUGGUUUAAUUAUAAUUUGCAUGUCACUAAUAUGACUACGGAUGAAACCGAAUCCCAACAACUAGUAAUGAACGUAUGGUAUCCGCUCCGUACAUUCAACUUAAUCGCUCAGUACAACUUACAAGACACACUACUAGAUGGUACGGCCAGAUUACAUUGGAACGUCAAAGAGGAGAAUAAAACUGCCGAGUUAAGAGGACGAUGGGAAAACCCGCCCGUACCUGAGGGAAAUUUGCAUCACGUUGAUCUGUCGUUGGCACAUCCUUCGUUUAGAAAGGACGUAACACUCAAAGGCCAAUACAUAUCAACUCCAUCAGUUAUGUCAAACGUUUCCCUAGAAUUACAAUACUCAGACUACGAGAACGAAUAUCUCAAACUAAAAUCCAUUUUAACUGACAAUUCUAACGGACCAGUUAGAGAUUACAAAUUUGCUUUAACUUGCAAACAUCCAUCCACGAAUUUAGAUUUGGAUAUGAAAUCUGAUAUACAUAUACAUAGUCGCUGGUAUUACUUGAAUAACUUCUAUAGGUUCCAGAAAUCGCUUUUCUAUGAGAAGUUGAGGCAUAACAAGUUUUUGAUCGAUAUGGCUAAUAGUGCUAUUCAGUAUGAGCGAGCAAACGAAACAUACUUCUACAAAGUGAACGGUACUUGGGAACUAGUGUACCCAGAAUUCAAGUUAAAGACACUAGUCAAUAGACCGACGGGCAAUGACACCGGGACUGCCACGCUUUCUAUGAAGAACAGGUCUUUUAUAGCGCAUUAUAAUAGUACUGAUGAUAUCUCAUACCACAUGAUCGGCCAAAUCGUAGACACACGCUACGCCAAAUUUGACUCUUGGCGUAACUUCGAUGACGUCACAACCGUAGACCUUGCUUCCUACAUCCGUUUAAAUCACUCCCGAUUACUCACUAGCUCUAUGAAAUGGCGUCCAGAAAUCUUCAGCGAAGUCAAAUCCCAAGCAGUUUAUACAUUAAAACUUUUGUACGGACAAGUUAACGAUACACUUGUAAUAAUAAAAGAAAUGCCCAUGGAGGCCCAUUUAGCACUCAAAAAUAUUUGGUCUGAUGCAAAACCGAGAAUUCGUGACUUCUUAGACGAUUUGAAUGACUUACAUGUGAUCAAAGACGAUUUGGAUGAGUUCGAACGAUUCUUGAACCAGUCUUACAGCCAUAAUGACUUUUACGUCAAAGAUAUUGUCGAAUUCACUUACUACGUGUUAGACGAAAUGGCGAUUAGAAACCAUUUGGAAAGCUUACCAGGAAUAGUUAAUGAUAUGUGGGGUAUGAUGGGUAAUACUAGUCAAUCGAUAAAACAGAGUUUGACAUACAUUGUCGAUUCGAUUAAAAAGGCGUAUGCAAACUUCUUGGAGUCAGUCAACAAAGUUUUGGAAGCAGAUUUCAUGGAAUUAGUAUCAGAUAGAUUAGAAGCAAUGAUUUUGCAAUACGAUACUUUUAUAAGAGAUUUACAUAUGAAAUUUUUGGAGUACUGGGAGGAAACUUGGGUGAAUGCGACGAAUCGACUUUCGAAAUACUGGCAUGAAGUCUUGAAGUCGAUAGAGCCGUUGUUCUUUAAGGUUUUGCAUUAUACUGAGUCGUUUGUGUUCACUGUUUGGAAGAGCGUUAUGGACUUCUUCUAUAAUAGGACUCAAGAGUUGACUGAUUCGCCUUACUUCAAUUAUGUAUCGACUUUUGGACAUCAGAUGGAUCGCAUCUACAAAGACCUAAUGAACAACGAUUUAAUAACAAACAUAAAGAAAUACAGCAAGAAACUUUUCAACGCCGUCUGGUCUAAGAUAGAAAAGUACAUACCUUUCAAGGACGAAUUCACACAACUGUAUGCAGAGUUCAGGAAUGCUUGGCAAAACUUCUUGAAGACUAAACAAGUGGUCUAUGUUAGGGAAAAGUAUGAAGAAGCUUACGUCCGUCUUAAAUGGUGGUAUGAUUACUUCUUGAUCGGCGAGGCUUUGGAAACUGUUGGAGAGAUUUUAUACGCCAAACUGACUGAUAUGUCCAAGACUGCGUUACAAUAUGAAGAAUUACACCGAACACCAAAAACUAACUUCAUAUUCGAUCCCCGUACGGGAGCGAUCCUUCUAGAACAAAAGCUACCGAUGUCGUGGCAUGCCUUCAACCGAACACCGGACUUCACGGAAAUAGCCGAGUACCGUAUGGUCAAGGACUUUAUGGACGAAUGGUUGACCACGAACAAGAGCAUCUGGUCGUUCUAUUAUGAUAUCCGACCUUAUAUGGACUUUGAUAACUUGAUGCCGCCUUUUGCUGGAAUGGCAAUGAUGACCGGCCAAGGCACUCUAGUGACAUUCGACAAGCGCGUAUUCACUAUAUCCGAAGCCGGUACCUUCUUGCUCAGCAAGGAUUAUAGACAGGACAACUUUACUGUACUUAUGGAGAGCAACGAUCAGGGACGGUAUAACUUGAUAGUGCUGACGAGAAGGAAUUUGGUGCAUAUCGAUCUUUAUAAUGAGGAAGUAUCAAUCGGGCGUACAGUACUGAGCCUACCAGCUUUAGUAGACGGUCUCAUAAUAGACAGACAAACAGACACACUCAACGUGCAAGGCUACAACGGACUGGACAUACAGUGCAAUCUACUCUUCCAUACGUGCAAGCUUGAAGUCUCAGGCUGGUACUACGCAACUCUCGGCGGCCUUCUAGGCACGUACAACAACGAGCAAUACGACGAUCUACUCUUGCCCAACAAUACCUUCACCACUUCUAUCCCAGCGCUGGGCCAUGCUUGGAACAUCGUACCCAGCGCUUCCCCAACUAACAUAGAGAACAAAGACACGAAGAAUGAUACGCAGUGCGAGAAGUUCUUCCAGAAUAAAGUGUCGCCUUUGCAUCCGUGUUUCUCUGUUAUCCCAGCGGCGUCGUUCUACAGCGAGUGCGUGUCGGGCGGCGCGGCGUGUGCGCUGGCUAGUGCGUACCGCGAGCUGUGUCUGCACCAACACGUGCCGACACACAUGCCUGAUCACUGUCUGCAAUGCACAACUCCCCAAGGCGAUAUAAUCGAAGAAGGUUCAUUCCACAUGCUACAAUACAUACCGAACUCAACGGACGUGGUGUUUAUAGUAGAAGCACUGCAUUGUAAUAAGAAUUUGAGGAAAAACAAGAAUAUGGACCUCUUUGUAGAAGCUUUUGAUAUUAAGCUGCAGGCUAAUGGACUUUCGGAUAAUAGGUACGCGAUAGUCGGUUUCGGCGGUCGCGGCGUCUACCGUCAUCCACGUGCUCUCUACGUCAACAACAAAGUUUUCACCAACUCUAUUGAGAUAUCGCAACAUUUGGACAACUUUAUCAUUGACAAGUCCGACCUAGUCCGCGGUAACCGCACGGGCCGCACGGACAUGUUCGCGGCGCUAAGCUUCGCGACACAGCUGCCGUUCCGCGCGGCCGUGCCCCGCACCUUCAUACUGAUGCCGUGCUCCAAGUGUGACGCCUCCUUCAUGCGGUUGGACUACUCGACGAUCUACCACAACUUGAUGGAGAGCUCAGUAACGUUACACAUCAUGAUGGACGAUGACUUCAUGCUGUCCAAGAAGCGAGCCGCCAAGUAUCUGUUCGGUGUGGACAACACUCUAGCAUACACAAACAAGGAUUACGAACAUCUAGUAGGAGACGCAGCGCUCAGAAAACAAGUGAAACUGCCCAAAGAGAAGCUUGGACUUUGUACCUCCCUGGCUAUGGAAACUAACGGUACAAUCCUAGCUGGAGCCAAACUCCGUGGCGAUAGGCCCACAGCCCGUCGCUUCUCAACAGUGGCCGGCGCCCGUGCAGCCAGCGCGGCCACACGCUGCACGUCGCCGCCGCGCUGCGAGUGCAGUGAGGGACGCCUCGCGUGUCGCGUCUGUGCUGAUACGCAGCGACUGUUGGAGCUAUCAUUCUUCAACCAGGAUGACAUUGAUGAACUGAUUGACAUGGCUAUGGAACCUCCAACCCUACCAUCCUUCAGAUAAUAACAAGCCAGACUAGAAAUAAUAACACUCUUCUUAGAUUUAGUACUAGAUCUUUCAGACAAAAACAUUUGAAAAUUAUAUACUGACUAUUAAAAGAGUAUUUUGUCCUGACUAAAUUAGUAUUGUAAAAUAUACAAUUUGUUUAUGGAAUACUUUAAAAUUAUAUUUAUGAAUAAAUAUAAGAAUGCCUAAAGUUCAAGUAGUUUAAUAGUUCAAUUAAUUUAAGGAAUAAGUACAUACAAAAUAUGUUUUAAGAACAACAACUUAUUUGCAACCUUAUUUACUUAAUGGUAGUGUUUAUUUUAAAAUACAGUGACUAUGUAGACAUGUAGUAUGUUUGCUGUGUACAUAUUUAAUUAAUUUUAAGUUUGACAUGAUUAGAGGCAAUAAAAUAUGUAUUUUGUAUA